AAUUUUGAGAGGAACGCCAAAAAGGUUUUGAACACUUAUCAUUGCAAGUACGUGACAUUGAAAAAAAUUGCCUCUUAAUUUCCAUACGCUUCUCAUACGUUUCUCUCAUACGCAAUAGUGUGACAGGGCCUUAACGUUAUCAACAUUUCUGUGAUCGCAGUAGAAAUUUUGCAUCUAGCUAGGUUUGCAUCUAAGUUUUGAAGGAUUUGCAAGAAAGGUUUAAGGGAACUGACUGAGUGUUUAAUUAACACCUGAUGCAGAAAUCCUACUGUAGUUACUGUGAUCACAGACAUUUUAUUGCAUAAAGCAACCAGGAAGAACAGUUUAGAACCAGUGGAACUGUGAUAUAGUCAAUCUAUCUAGUCUAAACAAGUCAGUAAAGUAACGCUAUUAUACACUGCAAGAAAUUCACUUUAUUUAUCUUUACAUGUAAUUAUAUUUUACAAUAUAUUACAACGAACUAAUCAUCACAUUUAUUCCCUGUGAGACCUGCUUAACGAGAUCCAUAAUCCGUUCUCUCUCAGCAUUCUCUAUCCGAUGCCGACAUCUCUGAGCAAACCUAUCAGGGUGCCACCUUACUCUUUGUACUUUCAAAUAACCAAUCUUAUCUACGCCCGCCCACUCGGAUAGCUUGUCCACGAUAUCGGCAGCACUCCCUGCACAUGGCCAAGGAAUUGAUUCGAAGGUUAGCCGGUCGGUGUUGCUACACUCAAACACAUUUUGACAGUUCUCUUCAUAUUUUUCCUUUCUUCGUUUAGUUUGCUUUAGUUUAACGUUAUUUAUAUAUUCCUCAUGCUCUUUUGCAAGCUUUUUGGUUAACGUUUCAUUCAUUUUCAAAUGCUCUUGCUUUUUCGCUUCAGUAGUUGAACUCCGAGUCACUGUAACCUUUUGAUAUUUUGUGCUAUGUUCACGCCUAAUCCUUUCCGCCCAAUGGUCAUAAGUUUCACCUUGUUCAUCCAAUAAUGAGUCGUGAUCAACCUUGAAAUAAAAAUCUUCACAGGACUCCUCAAAAGCUAAUUUUUCAAACCAUUCUUGUCGUUCCAGCCUUUCGGCACAUUCAGCUUCAAAAUUAUUUUCCUCUUCAAAUUCAUUUGUCUCUCUUUCUCUCUUCCCAUUUUUCCCCCUUUCCAAUAAUUCCUCCUUAUCUGAUAAUUCAUUCCUCAACUCUGUUUUCAAUUUGUCAUACAGUACCCCUGGCGUUUCCCCAAGUUUAUUUGCUAAAUUCAUUACACGUUUUGACCUUUUCUUCAAGGGCAAAAUCAAAUUCAAAAACACGGAUUGAUUGUUGAAUUCUAAGGCGUAUUUUAAGGCUAUGUGUAUAGGGGUAUUCCCUUCGCAAUCCGUGAGGCAAGGGUCAACUCCGUAACGAAGUAAAAAUCUCGACAUUUUACAUUCGCCCAAAUAGCAGGAUAAAUGCAGCACUCCUCUGUUUUCAGAAUCACGUAUUUCGUUCAAAUUAACGUCGUUCUUCCUUAGAAAACUUCUUAGUUUAGAUACAGAACCUUUCUUGAUGUAUUUAAGGAUCUUUUUAGUUUCAUAAUGGGUCAUUUUAGCGUAAAUUUGAUGAAAAAUAAUGUUUAUUUUGACGUUUUCAGGCCGCCAUAUUGAAAUUAUCCCUCAUACGAUUUAUAGCAAAUUGGAUACGCUGAAAGUAUUCAGCUUUUUUUUGUAUACCAAGAAAAGUUUCAAAAACCCACUUUUCUGUUCUUUUCUGCUGCUAUUACAAACUUUAUUUAGUACUAGACAUCUGGUUGAUUUAUUGGAAAAAAAGUAAGUUUCUAGCUUUUAAUAAAACGGGUUGAAUCCUAUUUAAAGUUUUUGAAUGGACCAUCGUACCCACCCGAAGAUUAGUCGAUGUCGUUCCGAUAAGCUUCUGAAGGAUCCAAAUACUUGCAGAAAUACAUAUUCAUGAAUUAACGUAAAUAUUUAUUUACAACGUAGUUGCAUUUUUUAAAAUUAAAAUAUUUUUAAAGGGCGAUUUUUGUUGUGUUUUUCAGGUAAUUUGUACGUUUUUUACAUGAUAAUUUUAUAAAUGUAUUAUAUGUAUUGUCAGAUACAGUAAUUACUUGUGUACUGUUGUUUCAUAACAUGUUUAAUAGCAUAUGCAUGGUCUUGACAAUAUUAUGUCUGAUUUUUUAAUAUAACUAGAAACAAAUAAUCUAUAAAGACAUAUCCUCAGUCUGACAGAUCAUCAGUCUUUGUGUAAGCAGAUGAACUAUCCGGAAGAACUAGCUAGAAUUCUCUGAUUUUCCAAUUUCCAAUUUUUCAUCUUCAUAUAAAAUAUUUUAAUAGCAGAAAUUUUCUCCAGAAUUGACCACUUGCGUAAUAGACUAAAUUUUGAUCUAGACAAAAAUUUCAUCACAGCUUGAAAGAGCAUCACAAAAUUAGUAAUAUUCCAAAGUUUUGUUGCAAAAUAUUGUAAAAUGCGGAUAAUAUAGCCUUGCGAAGUUUGCAAUUUUCAGUCAUUUUAGAUUACAAACGGGAAAUUGACAGCCCAAUACCCUUUGGGGCUGUCAAUUUCCCAUUUGUAAUCUAAAAUGACUGAAAAUUGCAAACUUCGCAAGGCUAUAUUAUCCACAUUUUACAACAUUUCGCAACGAAACUUUGGAAUAUCAUUAAUUUUGUGAUGCUCUUUCAAGCUGUGAUGAAAUUUUUGUCAAGACUUGUUUAGAUCAAAAUUUAGUCUAUUACGCAAAUGGUCAAUUGAAAUCUGCAUCCUCAAAUGUAUAGUCCACAGCGAAGAUUUUUGAUCAUCCAGGUUGUGACAUUUUUAUUUUCAACAAUUUUUGAUGCAGACUAAUCUGACCAUGAAGAUUUCAAUUUUAUGGUCGAUUUUUGGCAAAGAUCUGGAGUUUGUCUAAUGCUGAAUUUAUACACUGAUGGGCCAUCCAUCAUCACACACAUGUUCAUUGGUGGAUGACUUGUCUGUCAAAUUGUGUUUAUUAUACACAGACAAAUGAUCACACAUACUAUAUUUUCUUUGCCCAUGAUUAUCUUUCCCAAGUGUAACAAAUUCGGGGUGCACUGGAACCAAUUUUUAAAGUUCCGGCCGGAACUGGAUCUGGCCGGAACUGGAAAAAAGUUUCGGCCAGAAGUUCCAGCCGGAACCGGAACUGAUUUAGUAAGCCAUAUAUUAGCCUGCGAACAGGCUCUCAAGCUGAAAUGACUGUUCAACAAUCUCAAUUCAGCUUGAGAGCCUGUUCGCAGGCUAGCCAUAUAUAGUCAUAUCUGGUCAUAUGUUACUUCGUCUGCUGCCAGAUAGGCAGACACUUCAUGUCAUCAAGGAGAGAGCUCGCAAAUGUUAGAAUUGACAUACAGUGUACGUUAAACAUCAUAAUGAAGUUUUAGUAGUGUAUAUUUUUCUUGUGUAGUCCAAAUUUCUAAUUCCCACUGUGAACUUUUGCUAGACACAAAAACAUUUGAUAUUCUAUCUCUCUAAAAAUAACAGAGAUCCGGUUCCGGCCAUGCUUUUUUUAUUAGUUUCGGCCGGAACCGGAACUCUGAAAAAUUGGGGUUCUGGCUGGAACUAACCGGUGCACCCCUAUAACAAAUUUUAAAUUAUUUUAGAGAAUGACUCUGGUCUGAUCUGAUCAUGCAGCAAUGGCAGUGACACAACAGAAUGUUAAAGCCCUAAUCCCCCCAUUACUUCAAUCCACUGUGACAGCAUACACAACGCUAGGAAAAGGGAUCCUUGCACUUGAUCAACUAAACAAAGUGUCUGAAUUACUAGAGGCGGUCAUUUGUAGCUUGAAAGAAGAACAUGGCAAAUAUGAUGAUUUGCUUAAGGUAACAUGGAUAAUUGUCCCUCAUUAGGCGAAAGGCAUAAAAGUUGCACCGGAUCACUUGUCCACAAAGGGUCAGGUUAGGUUUGGGGUUAUGCUUGGGGGAUUAGGAUUGGGUCCAGUCUAGUUUGACUAGUGAUCCCGUAUGACUUUAUACUUGCCUCUUAUUAGGCAUUACUAUUUGGUGAACUUAACCUUAUAUUUGGGUUUCUUUUGUAACUCAUAAGUCAAAAUAUAACCUCAACCUAGAACUCUUUUUAUGACCAGGUGUUAUCAGCGCUUGCAGUACAGUACAAAAAGCUUGAUGUUGAAACAAAAUCCCACAUCAGAACGGUCAAAGAACAAGCACAGAUGAACACCAAAAUUAUCGAAGAGGCAAAACAACAAGUGUUAAAGGGAAACAAUGUUUCCAAUUAUUUUGUCGAGAUUGAAGCAACAGUAAAAGAGUCGCAAACUAGUUCUGAAGAGCUGAGGAAAAAAUAUGAUGUCGUUAUUUACAAAGUGAAAGACUGUUGCAGCAAGGCGAAAGCUGGUUACGAGAGAAAUGAACACAAAGCUGAUUUGGCUGAAAAGGUAGAGUAAGUUUUUUUCCUAAUUGGGUCAUUCCAGAAAAGAUCCACACUCCCCCCAUGGAGGAAAUUUCUGCAGUCCAGACAGGGAGUGGAGAAAAAUUUGUUUCAACAAUUGUAGUAUAUGUAUUUGGACAUUCGAAUGGGGUAGAGGGGUUAAUUUCCAAUUUCCAAUGUUUUCUGGAAAGACCCAUUGGGAUUCUUUGCAGUCAGUGUAGUGUCUGAUUUGAACUAAUUAACCCAUUGAGUGGCAGCACUUUUUCCUUGGUGAGUAAAAUUGUCUGGUGUUAGACAGAGUAAAGCAGGGCACAUCAGGGCACAUUGCCACUUAAAAGGUUAAAUGAUAUGCUAAGAAUCAGGUGGUUGGUUUGGUCGGACAGUUUACCAGUUAGUUUAUAUGACCUUAAUAUAUACGCAGCUUGUAUAAUAACUAUCAAUCCUUGUACUAAAGGAAUACCGAAUGGUUUUCCGUGCAGGAUUGCGUGAUCCAUGCACAAGGGAUGUCGCGAGACUUUUGGAAAGCGUAAAAUUAAAAUACUCGAGCCGCAGGCGAGUGUAUUUUUACGCUCUCCAAAAUUCGAGCAAAAUCCCAAGUGCACAGAUCAUGCUAUCCUGCUUGGAAAACCAUUUGGUAAUUGUUUUAUAAAUAUAACUAUGUACAGUGAAACAAAUGACAUUUUGAGAAUCCCGCAAAAAUCCCGCGAAGGCAGUUUAAUUCCUCGUGCAGGAUAGCCUGAUUCUGCAUGGCUAUUGAUGACCAAUCAAUUGCGUGUUUCACUGUAGUUAUUAUAUAAAUUUUAUUCCUACAGGGUGCCAAUGUUGGUCUUCUUGGAGGCAUGGGUGUUGGCGGUACCUUUGCUGCAUUUCAAGUUGCAACGAAAGCCCUGUGUGUCUUUGGUGUUCCUGGUGCAAUAGCGGGUGGGGCUUUAGGCCUUAUCGGUGGCUGUGUCGUGGGUGGUAUGGCAGGCGGUCUGCCUUUUGCUACUGUCGAGGCACUAUUCCGAAAGUACGCGGAAAAAUUCAAAAUCCUUGACGAGACCUUAAGUCAAAUCGAUCAAAUCCUGUUGGAAAAUUUUGAAGUUUUGACCGAAAUUUGUCGGCUGUUGGGCAAACUUAAAAAGGCUGCUCAAAGUCUAGCAGAUGCUCGUGAGGACACAUGCAAUGUAAUCACACAAGAUGAAGUAGAAGGAUGCUCUGAAGUGAAACCACUGGUUGGGUCUAAUCAUACAGCUGGCUCAGAGAGUGUUACAGAGGAUUCAGACACAGGGAACCCAAGUGAUGAUGAUACGAACAUUGAUUUCUUGAUUGGACUAAGAUUCGACUCGUUCAAAAGAGCAUCGGAAGAGUUGGAAAAGAACUGUGAUUACUUGUUAGAUGAUAUGCCUCUCAAAGCGCUGGGAUUGCUUGCAUUCGAUGAAAAAUGCAAUAAAAAUUCCACAGACAAGGAAAAGUUGAAUUAGCAAUUGACAAUGACAAUAAAAUAUCAACAUUUUUAGAAUGCUGGCCUUAUCAUAUAACACUAGCACAUGCUAAUGGGCGUUGUCACCCAAUGGACCUAUAAAUUACCUAAUGAACAAAAUUUUGAUCUAGACAAGUCUAGACAAAAAUUUCCCUGCGAAGUUUACCUUUUUUCAGAAAGCUGUACCAAUUUCCCGUUUGCAAUGACUGAAAAACGGCAAACUUCGCAAGGCUAUAUUAUCCGCAUUUUACAACAUUUCGCAACGAAACUUCGGAAUAUUACUAAUUUUGUGAUGCUCUUUCAAGUUGUGAUGAAAUUUUUGUCUAGAUUUGUCUAGAUCAAAAUUUUGUUCAUUAGGUAAUAGGUCCAUUAGGCAUUUAAUAGUCUUUCUCAGGAACGCCAAAAUCCGCCAUUUUCAGGGUACUGUCUGCCCUCGUGAAAGAUUCUAGACAAUUCAAACAACGUGAAAAGCGACUUUUAAAAGUAUAAAUUUGUCAUUAUACAAACAACUAUAAUACUAAAAAGUUGUAUUUCGUGGUGCGGAGACUCUCAAACGUGGGAGAGGCUACCCCAAAAAUGGCGGGAAAAUAGGUUUGUUUUGUUUUAUGACUAACAUCAGGGACGCCGGAACGACAAUAGGUCAAAGGGGGGCCAAAAAAAUUUCGGUCAGUGUACCAUUUUAGGGGUCAAAAAUUUUUCCCGGACAUACAAAAAUUUUCCGUGAAGCCAAAAAUUUUUCCGGAUAUCUUAAAUUUUCGCCAUUUCUUCAAAAUAUUUUUCUAAAUUCCAAAAAUUUCCCAAAAUUUUUAUAAAUAUAAACUAUAAAUUACCUGAAUCUCGUGAUUUUCCUACAAAAAGCAUCGUUGGAAAUGUGAUUUAUCACGUAUUAUUUUACAACUAAAAGGGCACUUCUGCCCCCCCUGCCCCCUAGCAAAAGGCAAGGGGGGCAGCCGCCCCCCCCCCCUGCCCCCCCCCCAGUUCCGGCGUCCCUGACUAACAUUAUGAGAACACUGAGCCUGAGGGGGUAACUAGAGAUGUGAGUAAUUUGAAAAUGUAAUAUGUGAAUAAAUAAUUAAUUAAUAAUAUUGACUAAUGCAUAUGUAACUAUAUAAUUGCCUGUUUUUUACAAGAUGGUAUUACGGAUACCUCUAUCCACGAGAUAGUGAAUUUUUAAACCUUUGUAAAAAUGCUUAGAAAGCUUUAAAACUGUAAGGAUAUGUAGCUCACUAUUAAUAAAAAGAAACUUUAAGAUAUAGCCUUGCGAAAAAUAUAGCCUUGCAAAGUUUGCAAAUUUUGUAUCACGGAAAUUCCUACCACUAGCAAUUUCCGCGCGCAAUACAAGAGGGCCCUGAAGGGGUAAAAAUCCCGUAAAAUGGGAACUGGGAUUGAUCUAUUUUUAGACUGGGAAAAUGGGAUUUGGGUUGCUGGGACUGGGAUUUGGCCACUGGGAAUGGGAAAUGAAGUCCUCAAAAAUGGGAAUGGGAUUGAGGUAAUGCGAGUCGAUUCCCAAUUUUUCUGCGUUUUGAGUAUUUUAAAAUACAAUACAAUGUUUUUAAAAUCCGUUUUUGGUGUCUUUGGUCAUGAUUUUUGUUGCUAACUAUAUUAUUCACAGCACUACCUGCGAACAGGCAUACUCUGGCGCCCGGAAUUCUGGAUUUUCUGAUUAUGCGUGUCUCAGAAUGCUGCAAAUGCCAUUUCCGGGAUUCAAAUUUAAAAGUUUUCCGCGCCUUUGGCACGAGCCCCCCUCGUAUUUCAUAACGUGUCCGUCACUUGCUUAAAAGGUCUUAAAACUGUUUAUUCUACCAAUAAAUAAAGGUUUUUUUAUUGACUGGGAUUUCAAUAACUGGGACUGGGAUUUCUAAUAAAAAUCCAACUGGG